UAAAAACUGAAUGAAUAAAGCUGUUACAAAGUGACCUUGUGUUUCUACUCCUCCCUUCAUCCGGGUGCUGAUAUAAAGUGCUGUGUGCGCUUGCGUGUUGUUCUCCAUUCAGUUCGACCUCUGACGCCGAGAGGCUGAGACCGAUCCCUGACCAGAAACCCACCCGCAAGACAGACUCCCACCGCCGACAUGUACGCCUGUGCAAAAUUUGUUUCCACUCCUUCUCUGAUCCGUGCUGGGUCCAGAGUUAUGUGUAGACCAAUCUCAGCGUUGUCUCGGCCAGAGGUCAGAACUGGAGAGGGAAACGCCACACUUCUCAGUGGGUCUCAAAACACCUUCAACCAGGUUGCACUAAGGGAAUUCCAGACCAGCGCAAUCAGCAGGGAUAUUGACACUGCUGCCAAGUUCAUUGGUGCUGGUGCUGCCACAGUCGGUGUGGCUGGCUCUGGAGCUGGCAUCGGAACAGUUUUUGGCAGCCUCAUCAUUGGUUAUGCCAGAAAUCCUUCCCUGAAGCAGCAGUUGUUCUCAUAUGCUAUCCUUGGCUUUGCCCUGUCUGAAGCCAUGGGUCUGUUUUGUUUGAUGGUUGCUUUCCUGAUCUUAUUCGCUAUGUAAAUGAUGCAGAGAAGGACUACACUUGAGAAUGGCUGUAAUUCUAAAUAUUUUACUGUGGCUACCCGGAUAUGUUGUCGUCAUGGAAGUGUACAAUAUUUCAAAAGUCUUUCAUUAAAAAUAGUAACAAAACCUA